GGACAAGGAAGUAAGUUUGAUUGGUCUAUAAAAACAAAACAAAUUGAACUGAAAAGACUCAAUGGUCGUUUGACGGCACUCCAUAGUCAUCUCGUUUUCUUCUCUCUCUGAUUAACUUUCCGGCGAAACACUGAAGGGCACAGUAUUUUUCUCUAGGGCACAAAAAUAGGGUCUUCGCUCUGCAUUGAGGCGGCUGCGCCAGUCGUUCCGGUCCAUCUUGCAUUGCAGAUUUGUAUAUGAUUUGGAUUUUUUGAUAUGGCUUCUCGUUCAGUACCUCCUGAUAUCAACAUAAAACCUGAGCAUUGUCCAGAAGCUGUAAGAGAAUGGUACCGCUUAACAGGACUACAAGAUCGUAAAGAAAGUGCUGGUAGAAAGAAUUUGGCUUUGAAAGCAAAACAACAUCUUCUUUCUUUGGGUUGGAAGUUUUGGUACAUUGACAAAAAUUGCAAGUGGGAAUUGCGUUAUACUUCUCCUAACAAUGGGAAAAACCAUAUUACUCUUAGAAAAGCCUGUGAGAGUUGCAUUGAAGAAGGAGGGUGUUCCCCCGAACGCCCUUCAACUGCAGCAAUAACGUCAAUUUCUUCGCCUCCACUACAGUUGAAAAAGAGAUCGAGAGAAUCCGAGGAAACAGAAGGAACAACAAUUUCUCUGUCUCCAUUGCAGUCGAAAAAGAGACCGAGAGAAUCUGAGGAAACAGCAGCAAUAUCAAUUUAUUCGUCUCCUUUACAAUCGAAAGAGCUACCGAGAGAAUCCCAGGAAGCAGCAGCAACAUCAAUCUAUUGGUCUCCAUUGCCGUCGAAAGAGAAACUGAGAGAAUCCGAGGAGGAAGCAGCAGCAACUACAAUUUCUUUGUCUCCAUUAAAGCGACCGAGUGAAUCCGAGGAAGCAGCAGCAAUAUCAAUUUCUUCUGAAUCAGAUGAAUCAACUUCUGAUGACGAUUCUGAAGCCUCUAGUGCCAGUUCUGAAUCAACUUCUGAUGAGGAUUCUGAAACCUCUAGUUCCGGGGAUGUUAAUAAGGCUAUAGUAGGUACGGUACCAACAUCAAUGGAAAAUGAGAAGCAUGUGAGUAAAUUUGAAUCAGAACUUAAUGAUUCGGUAGGUAGUGAUAAAAGAGGAAAGGUUUUAAAAACGAGUUUAAUGGAGAAGAAUUCAGAGGAUUGUGGUAGAAGAGGGAAAGUAUUAAAGACAAGUAUAAUGGAGAAAAAUUCAGAGGCUUCUAGUAAGAGAGGGAAGGUAUCAAAGACGGAAGGUAAAAGAGAAAGGUAUUCACUAGUUUCUUGGUUGAUAAAGAAUCAAGUUUUGGUUUCAGGGACUAAUGUAUUCUGUCGUGGUAGAAACAAUGUUGUCAAAAGAGGGGGUUUAUUUUCUGAUGGCAUAGUUUGUGAUUGUUGUCGUGUUAAUUUCAAUGUCACUGGAUUUGAGGCUCAUGCUGGUUGUACAAGACAUAGACCAACCACUAGUAUCUUGUUGGGAGAUGGAAGGUCGUUGUUGGACUGUCAAAGGGAAGCUCUUAGUUCACGUGAUGAAAAGCGGAAUCAUUGUAUUGCUGAAGCAAAUUCUGAAGCAGGGAAUCAUUGUGUUGCCCAAUUAAAUUCUGACGCGGGGAAUCAUUAUGUUGCUGAAGGAAAUUCUGAUGUACUAGUAAAUUCUGAAGCGGGGAAUCAUUGUGUCGCCGAAGGAAAUUCUGAAGUAGGGAAUCACUGUGUUGCCAAAGCAAAUUAUGAAGCAAAUAACGAUACUGUUUGUUCUAUUUGUGAUUUGGGAGGUGACAUAGUACUGUGUGAUCAAUGUCCUUCUGCAUUCCACCUCAGUUGUUUAGGUCUCGAUCGAGUUCCGGAUGGCGAUUGGUUCUGUCCAACAUGUUGUUGCAAAAUAUGCUAUCGACCCAAAUGCAAGCAAGAAUGUGCAGAUGGCAAUGACAGCAAUAUUCUUGUUUGUGUUCAAUGUGCACAAAAGUUUCAUUUUGGGUGUGUAAAGGCUUUAGGACUUGGAUCAAGUCACAUUGAGAGCAAUGGUGAAAAGAAGAAUUGGUUUUGCAGUGUAGUUUGUGGUAACAUGUUCUUAUGUCUAAAGAAGUUGUCAGGGAAACCAAUAACAGUUGCAGCUAAUCUAACUUGGACAUUAUUGAAGAAUGUGAGUAAUGAUGAUCAAUUUAGUCAAAAGAAGAUAAAGUUGAAUAUGGCUCUUGAUGUAUUGUAUGAGAGUUUUAACCCAACUAUUGAUGCUUUAUCCGGAAGAGAAUUGAUUAAAGAUGUUGUUUUUAGUAGAGGCUCACAACAUAAACGCUUGAACUUUCAUAGUUUCUAUAAUGUGAUUUUAGAGAAAAUGGGUAAAGUCAUUUCGGUUGCAACUAUAAGGAUUUAUGGUCAAAAGGUUGCAGAGAUAGUUUUUGUAGCUACCAAGGAACAAUAUCGAAGACAAGGAAUGUGUCGUUUGUUGAUGCACGAGCUUGAGGAACAGUUGACACGCUUAGGAGUUGGAAGCUUGGUUUUGCAUUCCUCCGAGGAUGCUAUAGACACGUGGACAAAAGCGUUUGGUUUUGCUAGGAUAACCGGAGAAGACAAGUGUCAAUUUGUUGAUAAAACUUUCUUAGAAUUUCAGAACACUAUCAUGUGCCAUAAAUCCCUGAAUAGACCUGUAUGGCCUUGUAUUGCUUGAUGGUAGUUAUAUUACGACAGUCAUAAAAAUGUCUUUGAUGGUAUAGUUUCUUUUAGACAUGUUUUUAAUGAUGUACUUUUUUUUCUAGGGAUUUUUAAUGAUAUGGUUUGUAAAUACAUUUCUGUUUGUUUUCAUUUUUCAAUAGAUAACCAACCAUUUAUGUUUU